AUGUCGACUAUCAAGACAACUCCGGCACCAAAAAACAUCUGCCAACCAUUCACGCUCCGGUUGAUCCUUGGGUAAACUCAGGUUUUGUUUCUAAUUUGUACACUUUUAGAGUUCCCAUCCUGAAAGAGGAUAACAAGGUUGCCAGCGAUUUGGCUAGGUACCGUCCCCUUCAUUUAGUGUUAACUUUUCGCACUUUAGUUUGUUUACGUUGUAUGCAAGGGAAAGGAAGCCCCAGGAUAGUGAAAUUGGCAUGUCUCUUGGUUCAGAUCCGGAACGUGAAAGCUUUUGGUUUGUUUAGUUUCCGAGCGCUCCGCCGUUAAUUGCUACCCAUAUUUUAAUAACACGUUUUGCUUUCUCCUCGCUAGGGCUCACGUUGUUAUCGGCGUAAACGCCGUUGUGAAACGCCUGGAGGAUAGUGCUCGCGACACUUCCUAUACCAACACAGAUUUCGCCGUCGUUUUCCUCGAUUUCGCUUGGUUGAACUCCCAACUGGGUCACCAUCUUGCACACCUCUGCUCGACAACUCCACACACGAGUCUGGUGGCAGUCUCGCCUCCAGGAAAACUCGCACAAAUCCUCUCUUCACCUAAACAAGCAUUUUCCAAGGUCAGUUGCGUCUAUAAAAGCUGUAUUCAUAUUUGUAUUAACUUUGUGGAAAACUUCACAUCCGACUAAUUUGUUAUUUCGGGCAUAUCUUCUCUCGGUGGAGCUUCGAUCAUGACUGAUCCGACUGACCUCGACUUUCCUAAGACGUCUCAGACGUUUCUGGUAAAGAUGGGUCCUCAGCAGGUAGUAUUUGAAGCGAUGUCAUCAAUCACGAGUACUCCGAAGCAAUUAGUCAGUUAUCUGGCAUACGAUUAUGAGGAGGCUUGUUCUUCACCUGCGAACCUGUGUACAUUUGUUCUUACAGAACGUGGGAUCUGUACUUUCACGGAAAGUAUGCGAAUACCUGCGACCGCCCAAACAACGCUUAUAACUGUCUUUUUUAAUAUUCAAACACAAAAUAUACCUUAAAAUAUCAGACUGAAACACUGGUGUUAUUUUAAAAUCAUCUUACAACAUUACCCUUGAAGAUAUGUGGCUUACAGUUACGCGUGAACACACCUACAGUUGUUACUCUUAUGUUGUAUGUUGGGGGCAAAGUUGCGCUGUAAUGGCCAGUUCGGCUAUCUAGUCGCAACAAAUAAGCCAAGAAUGGUCUUGGUCAGCCUUGUGGACGAUCGUUCCUGGGUUUUUCAAUGUUUUUGUUAACUUCUGAAAUUCCUCUACGUUCUUAGCCGUGGUUUGGAGAGGCUUUUAAAAUGUUUCUAGAAGCAUGCGAUCAAAUUUGUCGGACAGAUUACUUAAGGCCACUCUUCCUUGGGGUGUUUAUUUUGAAGAAGUUUCCCUACAAGCCACUGCGAUAAGCAGGUAGGUUAUUAUCGGUAUCUUCUUCCAUGAUAGUCUUUCCGAUUUUGUGGAGCUCCUGACGGGGUCGACAAUGCGCUGUCUGAAUGACGGACAGGUCUCGGGUUGUAGUGUUCAAAUCGUCUUUUAGUCCUGACUUGUUAUCAGAAAACCGGUCAUAGCAACACCGGGCAGCCACCGUUAGCUGAAUCCUGCGUCCAUCGCUGAAGCAUGCAAAAAAGCCUUGGGGAUCUCAUCUUAAUUAUCAAACACAUCUGGACACUCAACUUGAAUACCAUUUCGGUUCAUUUUAAAUUUAAGUAAGACCGUCAGCCUUAUCCAGUGUAGGCGUCUCACAGGAUGCACUGGCAGACUAUAGACACCAGUUAUACCGUGCCGCCUGUUAAAGUAAGAUUUGUCGCUCAUUCGAGUGUGAACGCCUUGAUCCUCUGCCGACGGCGAUCAUAACACUGGCUCUUACUGCUUCUACUUAUAAAUCACAAUCAUAUUCAGGCAUCCGCAUCUACCAAACCUGACAAAGCAGACAGUGAUAUGAACCGUCUGACUUCGUAGCGAAGUUGGCACCUGAUUUGAUCACUAUAUUUCAAAUUGGGAACUUAACAGGGCCCAGGGAGAGGAUUAUGUGCCCCUUUCGGUUCUGAGUCUUUUGGUAGUGGGCUCGAUGAAACAAGUGUUGUCAGCCUAGUUAAUACACAAUGACGACCCUAAUAAAAUCCUUUGCCAUACCCCCUUUUGCGCUUCCACGUUAACGGUGCGGUGCACGAUGACCAGCUCUAUCCAUUUCGUCCAUAUCACAUCCCAUACAUUGACUGACUCUCUGGCCAAAUCGACACUUCCUUAACCGUUAACUCUUAACUACUCUCUCGUAUAUGGAAGCGGACUUCGUCUGCUAAGACAGUGGGACCCGACUUCCAACUACACAAAGCGCAUCGACUCAUAAUCUGAUGCAGCCUUGCCUUUCUGUGCUUGGGACUCAGUAACGGCAUUGUUUCCGUCGACGGACUAAAUCUUGUUCGCUUAAUUCUACCCGCCUAAAUGUAUGACCAAUAUUUUGCACGUUUCGUCUCAAAAUCGCCUCGACCAGCGAUAUGCCUAGCACUUUUUUAUUUCAAUGGCUGCAUGCGCUCUAUUUAGCAGGUUUCGCAAAAUGGCAGCUACUUAUAAAUGGCCUGAAAUCGUCACACAUGCUUUUGCGCACACACUUAAAUGAGCGACCGUCACUUUGUAAUUUGGACUGAAAGCCGGGGAUGUUUUUAGGGUGCUGAAAAUCGGUUUCUGCGGUGGCUCAUGCAGGAUGACUUCGAACCGCCAAGAGUUCUCUUGUCUGAUCUUAGGCCCUGAAGGGCAGUUCACGUAUAUGCCUAUCACGGGUAGUCACAGUAAAGUGGCUCCUUACAUUCGUAUGACUUCUACUUGAAGUCCUGUACCUACCGGCUUGCUCUCCUAGGUUUACUAUUUCUUUUCUUUGGUUUGUUGUUUGGGGACUGGAUUCCAUAGUGCAUCCUGACGGUGAAAUUGCACACAGCUUUCUUGCAUAAUGACGAAAGCAAUUGUGGGCGACUGAACAAUAAUAUCAACGUAUGGCCACUUCGCGCAAUUAUUAAGACUAAUAAGUAAAAACCAAGACUGUAAAAACAAUGGCAUACCUACGCCGUUUUCUAGGACUUAUUUCGUAACUUUUCUCCCCUUAGCUACUUUGGUGUUGGCGGAUAGUUGGCCGUCCUGUAGUGGUAAAGUAAUCGCCACUUAGGAAAGGGCUCCGUGUAAAGGCCACGCAGCCAAAUGCCAGGAACCUGUAAAGAACCAUGUUCGUGAAACAGGGGUUGCAAAAAGAUAGCUACUAAAAGCUGACAGAAGUAUCACAAGUAACCUAUCAAAUUUCAGUUUGAUCCUUGAAUGGGUCCUCCACGACCGACAGUAAUGACUACGACUAAUGAGUGUGCUGGAUUUGACUGUGCAUAUCUAGGUUUGUGUCUCCAAUAGCCCGAUUCUUAUCUCUGUUUCCUCUGUAGCAUCUUCACGGUGCUCCUACCACUAUUACUGGAAUUUUGAAAGACUAAAAUAUUUGGCGUUCGCCUCAACUUUGCACCUGUUACCUAGGUUGCCUGCAUUGGAGUGCGUCCACUGUUUGCGCCGCACACAUCUCAUUUCCCACGCCUGCUUGAAUGUUUGAAGACCUGCUCCUCCCUCACUGGCAAGCCUCUGCCUCCGGAUCCUGCUACGGGCGGCAGUGCAAACGUGGCACCCGCAAUGCCACAGUACGUGCCCAUCCUGCCCAAACCCACUACCAACGUUUCCGGCCUCAGCUCAAUGCCCCAACUCUCUAGCUUCCUCACUCAAGCCCCGCAGCUUUCUACACCUACCAUUUUGCCAGCCAAGGUGAGUCUUUAUGGUACACGCGAACAAACGAGUUCCAGGAGCAGUUGUGACUAGGGAGCUUCGAUCGCUGGAGCAAUUUUAUUCAGCCGAUAUUUCGGAUUAACCCUCGAACCCGUACUCAGAGGCAGCAGCAGCAGCAGCAGAUAAGGGUAGGGCAGACACACUGGGCGUGCAGUAUUUAUAGGAUGUGAUUACAAUGCAACCACAGGCCCGAAGUUAGCAACCGCUAUUACUGUCCAAACGGACACAUUCAUUACGACUGCCAGCUAGAGAUAUCAAAUGCAAACUGACUGGCUACGGCAAUGCGUCCACUACACUGUUAUUAUAUCCUGGUGGAUUUUGUGUCAGGACGGGAACACCAACCACCCGACUUAAUGCAACUAUAAGGAGAGGGGUCUUAGCAAAUUUGGCAACGAUAUAACAGAUUCUUGCACCUGAAAAGUUCUUUGAAUGAUGACGACCCCUAUCCUUCAUGGUACAUGACCUUGGAAAUCAACCGGGUAACAUUUCGAUUAAUUAUUUGACGCAUUUUCUUUGCUGGUCGCUUUCAAAUGAUAAUUCGGCCGUCGCGAGCGACGACUUCCAUCGCCUUCCCAACGGAGUGGACGCAGCACCGGUGGCUUGCGUGUAAAUUCAUUUAAAGUGAGGCGAGCUUACACAGCAUUCAUCGCACUCUCCUCCCCCGCCCGCCUUCCUCCGACGGCGAGAUAAUGUCAAGACCGGAGGUGGGCGCGGACAAAGUGGCUGAUAAAGUCACGCGGCCUGUCUACGCAUGCCAUACACGUUACGUGUGCCAGGCCUCUGUAAGGGCGACUAUGGGUGAGACUGUCAUAAAGACCACGGGAUGAGUGGGGCCGUUGCAAGUUGAGUUUCAGUCCGCAGAAGGUCUGAGUUAUCCCGGGUUAGCCAUCCAAACCACGACUCUUAGCUCAUGGGAUUUAUUAUAGUGAGGAAUGCUUUGAUUUGCCGCCAGAAUGGGUCCCCCAGGUGUCAACCGUUCACCAGUCGACUUUUGAGCCUGUCAAUCAGCCAGGUUUGGACACGACAUAAGGGCCUGAGUCUAAGGUAUGUUAACGUGUGCAUACCCGGCAUUAGUUAUGGGCGAGCACAACCUCGGCGUACCAUGAGCCAAUGUGAUCCCGUGUUGGUCCAGAGCGUCUUCAGCGCAGCACACAUGAUAAUUCGACCGUCGUUUCCGAUGAUGUCCACCGUGUGCUCCACAGCAAGGUGGAGCAGAGACGGUGACUUGAACGUGAUUUAGUUAAUAAUGAAUGUAGACUUGUGCAGCAUUUACCGCACUCUCCCCUCCUCCCCCAGCUGGAUCCGGUGUCAAGACAUAGUCAAGAAGACUGGAGGCGGGGGAGGGUGCAGAUGGAUGGCACAGUCGAGCCCACACCUUGGCGCUCCACCCCACACCCCCUGGUCCACGCAGCAAAUGACCAGAAAUUGUAGCCAACAACAAAAGGGGCCGUCGCGGCCGGAGCCACACCCGGCGUGCCGUAACACCUGGCUCGGAUCUCACGGAGUUGGAGUGCCAUAAAGGCUACAUUAAGAGGGGGCCGCUCCACACAAACACGACAACGGGCCGACUGCGAGGUUUAGGUUAUCCCGUCAGUUGGCAGCCUUCCAAGCCACGGAUUUUAGUGUACUGUGAUAGAUUUAAGCGCGUCAGAUUGUUUAUAGUGAGGAAAAUGCGCUAAGUCGUCGACCUCACUCUCCCUUCCCAUUUUUAGGCCCGUGUAACUGUCCGGGCAGGUCAGUUGACAGGUGCGGGGAAUGGGCGCGGUGGCUGACAUAUAUAGUGACUCUGUCGACGCGCGUCACAUGCACUACUUGGGUCCCCAAACAGAAGCACCAGAAUUUCACACAACGGGGGUUGAGUGGCGUACAUCUCACAUGCGUGAGUGCCGUAGGCCACGUUAAGGAGCCGUUUCAGAACGGCUCUUAGCCCACCAGCCUGCCACUCCACACAAACACUCACACAACUAGGCAGACUGCGUGGACCGAGUUGAGGCGUCGGUCAGCAGCCUUCCAAACCACGGUGCUUGACGCGCCGUGAUGGUCUCAGACUCGGGUCACACAUCAGCCAAAGGAGCCGCAUGGAGACGGAGCCGAGACGCACACUUCCCACUUGCGUGGGAGGUGGCAGCUGGAUGCUUGUGGUGGGUGAUAAUGUUGUGUGAUGUAGGUGGGGGAAAGAUGCGAUCUUGUGGUUUAAGCGGCGGUUGUCUACCGUAGGUUUUCGUGAAUGCGCAUGUAGCUCAACAGGGCCAUGUGGUGGGUGUAUGUGCGGGUGCAGUGAGGGCAGCUGAGGCGGAUGCCUCGGGUGUAUGCUGGUGCUCCAAGCACUGGUUCGUCAGUCUCUGUGCAAUGGAUUCGCUGGUGACCAACCCGGCCGAUGUGUGAGGUGAAUGUACGGGGACAGUGUGGGUAGGAAAAAUCGAUGAUGUCAGUGUCGGUUUCGAGGAUGGUGACAGUGGUAGAUCUGUUGAUAAUGGACGCGCUGGGCUACAGAGUGUGCGUUGGACUUGGCGUGGUGGGUUUGCAAGAUGUGCAGAGUGUGGUGGAACUGAUGGUGGUGGGUGUGCUGGGCGGCGGGGUGUGCGUUGAGCUAGGCAUGAUGUAUGUGCAAGAGGUGCUGUCGAGACUUCGAUCAAUUCCGCUCUCAUGGAUACGCAUGUGACCGAAUAGGCCCAUGCGGUGAGUGAAUUGGAUGCGGAUGCGGCGAGUUUAGGUUGGUGCUCCAGGCACGAGUUCGCUGGUCUCUGUGCGAUGGAUUCGCAAGUGACCGACCAGGCCGAUGUGUGAGGUGAAGGUGCGGUCGCAAUGAAGACAGGUAUGGAUCGAGUCCACAUCGCUGGUGUUUAUAGUGGGGAGGUUGAUGUUCGUUGGUGUGCCAGGAUUGUGUGCAGGGGUGGUGGGUAUAUGAGUCGCCGUAGCGAAUGUUGAGGCGAUGGGUGAGAAGGAUGGAGUGGGGGGUUCGGGAGUGCGGACAGUGUUAGUUGUCGGCGUGGGUGGGGGGUGGAGUUGGACGGGGAGACGGCAGCUGGUGUAGUCUGGAUGCUGCAGUUGGUACGAAGAUGUCCUGUAAGGCCGCUUGGUGACCGAACGUCCGCUGGCAGCGUGGGAAAGUUGGGGGUGGUUGAGCGUUGGCGUUGCCAGGUGGGCGCAGUUGAGAUUUGCGAGCCUCGCGUUCGGCUGUGGCGGCGGUGAUGCGGUUGGUUUCGUAGAUAGCUGCGCCUGUCUUUACUGUUUUCCUCCAGGUCGGUCGGUCUCGGGCGAGGCCUUCCCAGGUGCCGUGGUUGAUAUGCAGACUCUCAGCGAAGUCUCUAGGGUGUCCUUGUAGCGGCGGGCUUGACCUCGUCGGCGGGAAACUCGUCGCGACAUCUCCGUAGAAAGUUGUCUGGGUAGCCACUCGCACGGUAGCGGACACACGAUAUGGCCGCUUCAAAGCAGUUGUAGUUGUCUGAGCAUGGCGUAUAUGUUGAGGAUUCCCGUCCGUUCUAGUACACCCGUGUCCGGGAUCCGGUCCUGCUACCUCAGCUUCAGUAUCCGUCGAAGACAGCUGAAGUGGAAGUCGUUGAGUCUCCGCGCCUGCAUCACGUAUACCCUCCAGAUCUCCGCUCCACACAGCAACGUCAGCAGGAUGACUGCUUUGUACAUCUUCAGUUUGGUGUUGAGAUGAAGGCCGUGGCGAUUCCAGACGGUGUUUUUUCGCAGGCGGCUGAAGGUUUGACCGGCCUUGUGGAUCUGGCGCGCCAUUCCAUCGUCGAUUUCGGUGUUGCAAAAGGGGGUGCUGCUCAGGUCGGUGGAAGCGCCUACAGCUUGCAGCUGGACGCAGUUCACCUUGAUUUUGGGUGAAAAGUAGGCAGCAUCCGGUGGCGGUUGAUGCAUGGCCACCGUCUUCUCCGUGUUGAUAACCAGGCCGAAGUUGUCACAGGCAUCGACGAAGAGGUCCAUGCUCCUUUGCAUGUCCCCUUCGGAGGUGGUGUUGAGGGCACAGUCUGCGAAGAGAAGUUCAUGGAAGGUAUUUGUGGAUACACGUAACUGGAAGUGCAUCCGCCGCUGAUUGAAUAGCCGGACGUCCGUACAGUGGGCAAUGCGGAUCCCGGGACGUUCGUCACGUUAGACGCUCAUCAGCUUGACAGAAAACAUAAGACUGAAGAGGGUGGGCGUCAGGACGGAGCCCUACUUCAUUCCGUUUGUCGCUGGGAAUGCCGCUAAGACAGCCCCAUUGUCCGUGACUCGCGACAUGCGAUCAUGGGGCUGGCGCACCACCCGAGUGAAUCGUUAGUAACAGUCGAAUUUCUGCAUGAUUUUCCUCAUUCCUUCGCGAUUCACCGUCUUUCGUCAGAAUCACGAAAGUAGAGUAGAGGUGGAUCCGCAUCCCCUGACACUUUCUGCAAUUGGCGGGCGGCUAAGAUCACGUCGGUACUUCUAAGAUGACGGCGGAAGUCACAGUGGCUUUCCAAGAGGUGACUCUGUUCCAGGUGGUGGUUCAGGCGGUUGAGGAGGAUGCGAGCGAAGAUCUUCCUGGCGAUGUUCAUCAGAGAGAUGCCUCGAUGGUUGUCGCAGAGCUGGCGAUAACCAUUCCCUCUAUACAGAUGCACGAUUGUGGCGUCCUUGAAAUUCUGCGACACUUGUCCUUGAUGUCACAUCUGCUAGGAGGGCGCUGUCAGGGAACCCAUCAGUUGGGGACCGACAUGCUUGUAAAUCUUAGCAGGGAUCGCAUCUGAUCCAGGGGCUCUCCCGCUGAAAAGUUGCUGCACGACCCUGGUGGCUUCGUGGAGAUAGGGCAGGAGGUCGAGAUCGGCGUUGGUCUCCACCUGAGGCAGACAGUGAUGGCGGCAUCACAGAUGGUGGAGGGUUGCGGACGCCUCUGAAGUGCCCGGCCAAACGCUUCAUGAUUUGCGUCUCCUCAGUAAGUUGGGUAAACACUUAGGCGUUGAACAAAGGAGCGGUUCCUUUGGUUGGCGGACGGUAGACAGCCUUGAUCGCGGCAAAGAAAUUCUUCCAGUCAUUGCGGUCCGCGUAACCUUGGAUCUCCUCGGCCUUACGAGCCGUCCAAACGUUCCACAUCCCCCUUAGCCGCUGUUGCACAAGGCGGUGACUACGGCGGAAGGCUGCUUUGUUGUCGGUGGGGCGGCUGAUGAAGGGUUUGUGCAGGUGGUUCUUCUCGGCGGGCAGGUUGCUGGUGGUGGCGUCAUCGUCUUCGAACCAAUCCUCAUGUAGAUGGCGUGCGCGACCGAGGACAGCAACAGCGCUGGACUGGACUGUGUCUCUAAGUUAUCACCAUUGGUUCUCCAGGGAGGCUUACUCGUCAGUGGUGGCGGCGACUGGAAGGUUUGCCGGUCUCUGAGCUUGCUCGUUGGUGAAAUGGAGAUGAUGAGCAGACAUAUUUGUCAAAACAGUAUUCAAUCUACCUUGUGGUCUCCUACCUUGAGGUCUCCUGCGACGCUGUGGACGAUUACUCAUCUUGGAGUUGACGAGACGAUGGUCGGUCCACCCGUCAGCACCCGGAAUCGCCUUUGUCACCAGCACGUCCCGCGGUCUCGCCUCCGGCCGAGGGCAUAGUCCAGCCGGUGCCAAUGUCGCGACCGGGGAUUCAUCCAGAUGGCCAUCUCUCGCAAUGUGAGGCGAUUGUAGGUGUUGGUCAGGAUGAGUCGGUGUUGUGCGCAGGUUCGUAGGAGGUGCAGGCCAUUGUCUUUAAAGCCAUCGUGAAAAUGGAGACCCAGCACUUCUCUCCAGGCAGCAUGGUCUGUGCCGACCCGGGCGUUGAAGUCACCAAGGACAAUCAGCUUGUCCACCUUCGGCACAGUUGUCAGGAGGGCGUGAAGGUCCUCGUAGAAUUUGUUCUUUGCCGCGCCAAGGCCGCUCAUGCGGGGGGCGUAGAUGCUGACGAUGUUGGCGAAUUUGUCUCCUCGGAGAGGCAGGCGGAGGCUUAUCGGGCGAUCGUUGAUGCCCUGCGGCAGACAGGACAGUCAUCCCGCGAUGUCAUUCCGGAUGGCAAAGAUGACUCCCGCGCUCCGUCGCUCUGCCUUAGGGCGGCCGCCUCAGGAGAAGGUGUAGCCGGCACCCACCUCUAGUUUGGUUUGUUCGGAGGACCGGGUCUCGCUGAGUGCAGCCAUGUCCACCUUGUAACGCGCCAGUUCCCGAGCUACUAGCGUCGUCCUCCGUUCCGGUCGGUUGCACCUCGGAUUGUCUAAAAGGGAACGAACGUUCCAGGCUGCCAGAGUGAGCGGACUCACCCUGCCAGCCUGCGGGGCAGGGCGACAGUAAGGAGGAGGGGGAAGAGAGGGAGAGAGAGUAUUGUUUCUUAUGUGACCGUUUUGGCCGUGUGUUUUGCACCUGCGACCACGAUCAGCCUGCAGAUGGCGUGGUUCACCAGCAUUUGUUUAGGGCAUCUUUUCUAGUUCUUUCCCCUUCGGGGAGGAGGGGGGAGUGAAUAGUGUUCCUCCUAAAUAGGUGUGCCCAGUUGUCCCAGAUGACUGCCGGACUCCACUGUGGUGGGCCACGACCUUAUUUAGUGGGAGAAACCCGAGUUAGCCUAAAAUUGCCUAGGACAUCGCGUAAGCUGAAGGGAGGAGGUUAGAGAGACAGGGAUGCAGAUCUUUCCCGUCCCACUCAGCUUAACUGCUGAAAUAUAAAUGGUGAGCAGACAAAUUCGGCAGAACGGCAUUUAACGUACAAUGAGGACAGACACGAACAAGCAGACAAAGGCAGGCAGGUAAGAACAGCAAAAGCAAAGGCCACCGAGGAAAUUCAACAGAGCGGCAGUAAGUUUUUAACAAGAACAGACACCAACAAGCAGACAGAGAGCAGGCGAGUAAGAACAAGAAAAGCAAAGGCAGCAUAGCAACGUUCGCUUACCUGGAGGCUCACGUACUUGUUGGCCUCCUAACAUAUUCCAGACGGAGCCUCGUCCUGACGAUGCGGAUGCGCUGAUCCAUCCGGCCAACCGAGAUUACCGUAUGCGAAGAUGCACACACGGAUACCCUCACUUGGUUUAGCCCACCGGUCUAGGUGGUUACUGGUCUGUGACCACUGGGCAGAGCCUAGCUUCGGGGAGCCACAUGUGAGAGUUGGGUGCCAGCAAAUGGACGCCAGGCGUAGUCUACACCUGUAAGCAAGCGAACAACCUGCUACGUCCGUCACGUGAACCCACAGCUCGACAUCCUUCCACCCCACACACACGGGACAGUUCGACCGUCGUUGCGGACGAUGUCCACCAUGUGCUUCACUGAAAGGUGAAGCAGACACGGUGACUUGCGCGUGAAUUAGUUUAUAGUGACAAAGCAUUGGAGAGCGCCCUUCGAAUUUAGUCGGGAGGAGUAAGAUAUACACUCAUCGAGUUCGCACAGGAUUUUUACGUUGGUUCUGUCCUACAUUCACUCGUCUUUUGUAGGCCAUCUCGCAGUCCAGUUCCACACACACACCUCUUUCAAAGGCAACGCAGGGCCCGCCAAAGCCAACCCCACCAGUAUGUGCUGUUUCCUUCGCCUUUUCAAUCUUUUUUCCGAUGACCUGUUAAAAUGACGAUUCCACAUAAACGAAUUUGCUCUUGUUUCUAGCAACAGCACUUUAUUGGCCGGUCAAACUAAAUUCUCCCUUCACGAAACGAUAUCUGUCCUUGAGGUUGAACUUUCUCCCAUAAGACGGUCUGAAAAUAAAAGCUGAUGUACGCAGUAACCUAUUUCAAUUCUGAAGCCAGUGUUAAGUUUUGGUCUAAUGGCAUAUUCUACGGAAUAGUCUUCAAUUCGGUCAGCAAAAUCAUCUGGUUGUAGAAUCUAUAGGCUAGCAAUUAUAGAAAAACGGCAAUAUAUUAUUCGCCCAAGAGCCACAAAGCUGUCAGAUUUGGGAUAAUCGACUUCAUUAAGAACCACUCACUCGUAUUUUGUUCAUAAUUUACAUACCCGUUUUCGGUGGCAUAGAAAGAGGAACGGUCGCCAUGGAAUGGUCAGAUUGUUGCGAAAUGUUUUUUUUGAGUUCGCACGUUCGAAGCCUUAAAAGAUUAAUUAAAUUGUUACCUUAAUUUUCACGGGAACUGCAAAGAAGUGCUCGUCCUGUCUCUUCUACUGCAAUUUGUCAUUUCAUCGACUGCAGCAACUAAACGAAGGCAUCAGUUUCGGCUGCGUACAGUAGCCACGUGGAGCAACCACAGGGUUCCAUUUCCAUCCUAUCAAUACGGAUCUCACAUUCCAACUUUCGUAGUACUUAACUGAGAAAAUCUCAGCUUUUCCACUUGUUUUGACCGAAAUUCCAUAUUUGACCCUUAAUGCAGAUUUCUACCGUAGCACUUUAAACUGAUAUUAAAUUUCAUGAAUUUAUCGCAUUUCUUCACUUUCAUUGUAAGCUGAAUCAGAUACGGUCUUCUUUGGUCAGUUAUACUGCAGUAAUGAACACAGACAGGACCGCUCCGUCGAGAGAGAAAAUAGUAGUUAUAUGAGAGUUUUUAUUUGAUUGACAAAGCAUCACCCUUUGCUUGCUGAUCGUUCACGGCACCGCGACUUUGUAAAUUUACCGGACUUGAUAUCUAACUUUCACCCUCGGACGUUCGUGUUUUGCGUCUGAAAGCUUUAGCUGUCAUGUCUUGAUAUGUCUUUUGUUUAUAAUAUUUCCCCUCCAGUUCCGUUUUGCCAUCCUAUUUUAUCGUGUCCUGCAUCCCAGGACACAAUCGUUUCCUGUAAGAGUAACAAAUUCCCCUGUUAGUUUGUUCUCUAUUCUGGCAAUAGCGCCCAGCCGUGCGGCACAUUCCGGCAGAUGAUUGGCUGACCUACAAGCUGGACCAUGCCAAACUCUACAAAUGUGGAUCAGACAUAUCCAAGGAACUAGAGGAUCACAGCCUGUACAUCCACGAUGUGGCUGAUAUCUGGGCCCUGUAUCCAAGGCAUUUUCAAAAGAUGGAGGCCCGCCGACCUCCCAUGAAGAAAAUAAAGGCUCCAAAGGCACCUCCAUCGCUGCCGCCCCCUCCACCACCACCACCACCGCCCAGCCGAAAACAAGAUUGCGGAUACUCGGACACCUACCUCGAGUCUCCACGACGCUUAACCCGAGAAGAGCGAAUGUACCGGAAACAGUUGCAGAUGCAGAGGCGAAGCAGGCACAACCCUCGCCGGUCUCCUCGGAAUUAUGCAUCUCGGAUGGACCCCUAUUAG